AUGCGAGAAUUGAAUGAACGUCAAAAGAAGUCGGAUGAAAUCCAGCAGCAAAUGCAAAAAGUGUUUGACAAUAUAGUCACCGGAAAGCAGCAACUGCAACUGUCUUUUAGGAUAAACCAAGGGAACCAAGCAUUAGCGACAACAGGCGCUGUCGCAAAUACCUCUGCCUUGCCAAGAUCAGAAGAUGUAUCGCAAUCAAAACAAUUUUCGGAAGAAGCCCAACAAAGCCCACCACCACCAGAUUAUAACAACACCAGAGUUGCAACUAUUCACUACGGCCCAACUGAUGUUCUCAUGAGAACAUCGAGGUGCUCAUAUAAGAAUCUAUUUUAUGUUCUCAUUCGAGAGCAUCGAUGUUCCCAAAAAGUGGAAAAUGCUCUCAUAUGGGAACAUCGGCGUUCCUAA